GAUGACUGUAUGCCAUCCCUUAGAUUCAUCUCCCUCUUGGGCAGAAAAAAUUCAAGAUUUUUGGCAGAUUAUUUACCAUGAUGAAAACGUUGGUGGCAUUAUUAGCAUACUGGAUAUCAAUUAUCUAAACCUAGAAAAGGAUACUGAAGCAGAGAGAAACCUAUUCAAAAAAAAUCAAGCAAUACCGGAUGAAAGUAUUCUUCUACCAUCAUCGGAAGAUCCCUUAAUCGACUUUGAUAGUGCAGACCACGAUUCAAAGGCCAGACAAAUUUUAAGAGAGCUAUUGAAAAUUGUCUUCAUUGUACAAAAUAAGAGCAAAUCGGCCUUAACCAUGUGCAAGUCUGAUUUACUUGAUGAAGUCAAUUUCUUGCCUGAUAUUUUUGAUAUAACCGCUUGCUUGGCAACAGAACUACGGACAAUUAUCUCAAUUCAAGACUUAUGCGAUAUAUCUAUACAUACUAAUUAUGGACCAUCGCUACUAUGUAAUGUACUAGCUAAUCAACCUAUGGCUUUUUAUGAAGCUGUUGAAUUAUUGAUUAAAACUUGCACUUAUACGCAAGAUGAAACGUCCGUAUUGGCAAGGAGAAGAUCUCAAUUAAUCUUUGAAUUGUGUCAGAUAAAUACAAGAUUAAUACCAAACGUUAAAGCUCUUUGUCUAUCUUUAAAUAAGCUACCUUCUUUAGCUGUUAGUUGCGUCAUCCAUUUAGAUAGUGGCCUAUUCCCUUUUCUAUGUUCUGUUCUCCUGUCAGAACAUAUUCAAACGAAACAUCUAUUCAAAGAGUUUAUAAAACAAGGUCUAAAGCGUCGAAUGGAUAAUGAAAGAACAAAUAUGACGGGUGUAUUAAGUUGUUUAAAAAGCGAGUUAGAUAAUAUUUUAGAUCAGUGUACACCAACGGCUAUCCCUGAAAAUGUUGCAAUGAAUGCAUGUAAUUUUCUAAGAGUAUUUUGUAUUCUAAGGGGAAUAGCAUCGCUAAAGUUAAAUGACGUUGAUCAACAAGCAAUACUUCAGCUAAUUUGUAAAAGGCAACCAUAUACAUUUCAAGGAAAUAGAUUAGCAUCUGUUGGGAUUUGCACACUAAUGGUUUGUCCAACAUUAAUCAAUCAAAAAGCUCAAGAAAAAUUAGUUAUAGAUUGGAUUAAAUGGCUUACAUCUCACCAAUCUCAAUUUCAUGCAGUUGGUAGUGGAGAAACAUCUUACGGAGAAAUUCUUCUCCUUACAGCUAUUCAUUUCCACUCAAAUCAAAUGAGUGAAGUUGCAGAAUUGGCUAAUGACAUUAUUGGAAUAAAAAAUAUCGUCAAAACCUCUACACUCCUACGUCUUCGAAUGUUAUUUACCAACGAGCUUUUUCCAGAACAAGUUGUUGCUAAGCACGCUGUUAAGGUUAAACCAACUAAGAAUCUUAAUAAUAAUAUGCAUGGAUACUUGCCAAUUCAUUGUGUUACCCAAUUGCUUAAAAGUCAAUCGUUUGCUAAACAUAAAAUACCAAUUAAAGAUUGGCUGUUAUCUCAAAUUAGACAAUCGAAAGCUCCUUUACAUAGCGAAUUACCGAUUGUUAUUACGGAAUUUGUUAAUUCUUGCUUAAACUUAAAAUCCAAAUUGGAAAAUAGAAAUGAACCUUUUGCCGAAGAUGAAAUUAGAAGUGUCUUUCAAGUAAAAAUUGCUUCUAAGGAGAAAAAACAGAAAGUUGACAAUAAUCAAGAUAUUCUAUUAGAAGAACAUUUAUAUGAAAGAAAUAUACUGUUUCAUAGUUUAGACGAUUUCGAAAAGCAAUUUGAUGAUAUUUGUAAAUAUGAAAAUGAAAUUGGAGACCCUUCCGAUUCAAAGGAUAAAACUCCUCAAGUGUUAUUGCUAUAUUAUCUAUUACACUAUCAGAAUGUGUUUUCGACAAAUUUACCACUACUGAAUCAAAUAGGAAAUGAAGGAAAGCGUCAAUUGGAAUAUUCUCAAUCCUUUUUUGAUCAAUUACCUAUUAGAGCACUAGUACAUCACGCCCAAACUCAACAAGAGCACUUUUCCAGUAUUAUUCCCACACUUCAAAGGCUCUUAGUGCAACACUUUCCUCAUUUAUGCCUUGUUGAAGAAUGGUUAGAAGAUGAAGUAUCUUAUCGAACUGAACACAUAUCCAAAGACCUUACAGAGGAAUCAUUAACAAAAGCAUUUGAAAAGACAUCUCAAAGCAACUCCAGUCUUCUUCAUCUAAGAUUACAAGAGUUGUUAUUACUUGAUGAAAAUGAUUUGCAAAAAUUUGCUGAUGUCUUUACGAAGAAUUUGAAUAGACUAUUAGAUGAAAAUGUUCCUAGGAUGGUAAUUAAUUUAGCUUGUAAAGUCUGGGAAAGAUUACAUAGAGUAAUGCCGAGAAAGUUACGAGUAUUAACGGUUAAUGCUUUUAUGACUGAUUUUGGAUAUUAUUCAUCGAAGAUAACUCAAGAGCAUUUAACAAUAGAACCAGUGCUAAUUUUAAAGUGUGACCCAAGAAUAUACAGAUGCGCACCUCUCCUCUCAAUCCUUCUAAGAAUAUUAGAGUCAUUCGUACUUGCUUCAAAGUUAUUUUUUAGAGAUAGGAGUCAGCGACUUGGCGUACAAGAGAAGAAACAAAGACCUAAUUUUGAGAUUUUAACAACUAACGAAAAGGAUGAAUUGAGUAACGCCAUACUUAUGACUCAAGAUGCGGCUGUUAUUCAAAUAUUACUAAAUAUAUGCCGACCUCAAGCAGAGGAUGAGGAAAAAUUAACUUGGAGAAAGGAGAUGAGAUGUAUAGUUUUCGCAUACAUUCACAAAGCAUUUAUAGCUAGUACUGCUUUAUGCAAAUUAGUUCACUUUCAAGGUUAUCCGUCAUCUCUUAUCCCUUUGACUGUAUCAGGAAUACCUUCAAUGCAUAUUUGUUUGGAUUUUAUACCAGAAUUACUUUCUCAACCUCAAAAUGAAAAAAAGAUAUUUGCUAUAGAUUUAUUAUCGCAUAUUUGUCUUCAUUAUGCUCUUCCUAAGACACUUGCUCUAGCAAGAUUGGCAAUAAACAUUUUAUCAACUAUGUUACCAAUAUUAAAUUGUGACGAUCGUGCAAGCUUUUAUUCUUUAUGUUUGAGACCGUUGAGCCGAAUAUCAAAAGCUUUUCCACCGACUCGAGAUGAUAUAAUUUCUAUAUUGAUUCAAUUAGCUCAGAUGGCUCUGGGAGAUUGUGCAGUUUUAGGUUUAUCACCAAGAGCCGUUCAAGCUUUGGACAAUCUAGUCAAAGAUACUGAAUGCAAACUUCAGCCUAGAGACUAUCCUAAAGUUAAAAAUGGAAACAAAAGGAUAAAGAACAAACACAUUGACCUAUGCUUUGAAAUUAGUGAUUGUUAUAAUUGUAUUAUGAAACAAACUGUUAUGAUAUCGAAGUGA